GCUAAACCGAACUACGACGAAACUGGCCGAAGCUGUAUUGUACAUGAGCUAGAAGCGUCUGGUAUGAGACCUGCAGGAAGAGCCCAGCGAUCACAAUAAUAUAUUAACGAAAUAACUUAAAAAUGAUUAUAAUGUGUUAAUAUAUUUCAGAACGGCUCAUGUCAGUAGUGUCCACUAGGCUGCCUCUAAGAUGUCUAUGGUGCUGUUUGCCUCUGUGGUGAGAGUGAGGGACGGUCUACCACUCUCAGCCUCUACAGACUAUGAACAGGAUAAAGGAUUUCAGGAGACUAAGAAACAUCUCAAGGGUCUGUCCAAAAAACUCAGCCAGUUUCCUGAUCGCUGCUCACUCAGAUCUGGCCUUUACAACAUCAAUUUCACAAGCUCUCUUGGAGUCGGGUACUUGAUGGUUUGCACAGAAAACUAUCCGAAUGUCCUGGCUUUCAGCUUCCUCGACGAGCUUCAGAGAGAGUUCAUUGUCACGUAUGACACAAAGCGGAUCAACAGCGCUUUGAGGCCUUUCUCUUUCAUUGAGUUUGAUAACUUCAUUCGGAAAACCAAGCAACGUUACAACAGCCCACGUUCCCUCUCCACCAAGAUUAAUCUGGCCGACAUGCAGACUGAGAUCAAGCUCCGGCCUCCUUAUCAGCUGUCCGCGGAGGACAUUGGAUCAAUCAACGGCUUCUCACAACACAAGCAGUCUAAAUAUAAAGGCAUAGCUCCUAAUCAAAUGUUGGAGGCCGUCACCCUGUCGGGUAUCGUCGCCUGCGUCCUAAGUGUCCUGUGCGGCGCUCUUAAUUUGCUGCGGGGAGUCCACGCAAUAGAAAGCGUAUUGCAGAACGAGGAUGAAGACUUUAAUUACGUAAUUGCUUUUUUCCUCGGAACCGCGGCCUGUUUGUAUCAGUGUUACUUGUUUGCCUACUACUCAGUUUGGAGGAACAUCAAGUCAUUCCUGGCCUUUGCUAUGAUCUGCCUAUGUAACAUGUAUCUGUAUGAACUCCGUAACAUGUGGCAGAUCCUCUUUCACGUGACGGUGGGAGCGUUCAUCACGCUGCAGAUCCACCUGAGAAGACCGCAGGGCAAAUCACCUGACUACAACGUUUGACCCCCUCGAACUCUUUUAAGACUGCGUAACGUAGCCCAGUAUGGCAACCCCAUCUGAGGACAAAGGAACUUAUGGAUUGUGAAGCAGGUUUUACAAACUGUUUUGAUAUUGUUUAAGAAACUCUUCCUGCUGUUUCACAUCCAGGUGUGGUCACAAAUGAGAAACUGCUGUUCUGGUUGAAGCAAAAGGUUGAUUGAUGAACGGUGACUUCAUGAGUGCACAGUAUUCGAUUCAUGCAUGAAAUAUUGAAGAAAAGGUUAGCAGAUCAAUCAGAUGUGCACCAAUUAAUAUAUUUUCCAAUAGGGAGGAGUUGUAGCUAUUUUUUGUUUUAAUUGACAUAUUUAAUUGAGAGCGCUCACCCGAAAAUGAAAAUUCUGUCAGCAUUUCCUAAAGAAUGUGGCUUUCCUCCAUACAAUAAAUGUGGAUGGUGAACAGGGUCUGCCAAGGAUAAUAAUAAUAAUAAUAAUAAUAAAUAUAUAUAUAUAUAUAUAUAUAUAUAUAUAUAUAAAAAUACACAUAUAAUAUAAUACACACACAGAUAAAAGCAUAUAACUAUUUAAAAUCUCAAAAUAUUUAAUUAUUUACAUAUUGAUGCAUGUUUUAAAAUAUUGUUUUUAUACUAAAUUAAUUUUUUUGCUUGUCAUUUGCAAUGCUUCAUGGAAACGUACAUUUGUGUUUUUGUUUGAUUUUCAAAUUUUAUUGCUUCAAAUUAAAGGUUUUUUUUGUUUGUUUUUUUUACAUUUAUAGCAUAGCUGAUUGGUAUGGGUCAUAGCUUAUAACUUUUUAAAAUCUCUAUAUCAAAAUGAAUAAAGUAAAAAGUGAGCAGGCACUGUUGCACUUUAUCUGUAAAAAACAUCAAAAUUUGAAGUUAUUCACUAGUUUAGUAGUUAAACACUUUUUUUGACAGUUGUGGUCAUUAUUCACAUUUUAUUGUGGUAGAAAGCAGCUCAUACAUUCAUCUCCUUUUGUGUUCCAUGGGAUUUUCAUUUUUGGGUAAAAUGUACCUUUAAAAUGUCAUUUUAGAAUUUUUUGACACAUUGUAAGAUUGUUAAAGCCAACUCAUAUGCAAGACUUUUUAUGGCUGCCUAUAUUUGUGAACUGUAACAUUGCUGUAUUUUCACUCAUUUCUACAAACACAGACUUUGACGGUUUUAUUUUGUCAUCUGCUUUCACAGGCGCCUAAUUUGAGUGUCACAGUGUUUGUGGUCAUUAGUUAGACGUCUGUCCUCUGAAAGCAUAAUCAGAUGUGUUAUUUAUCAAUCGUGUCUAUGCUGCCUGCAGGUGUGCUUCCUGCAAAUGAAUGUGGUUGGCUUAGAGGGAAAUGGAAUCAAACUAAUAUACAGACUCUUUUUUUUUCUCCCUCAGUGUCUGCUGCCUUUUGUCAAUGGGUCUGUUCAAUGACCAUGUGGUAUGAAUGAGUUAUGUUUUAUUCUGUUUUUAUUCACUGGUUUGUUUUCAUUGUGCAAAUGACAGGUUGAAUGGAUGAUGGGCAGAUUAAGAGUUUUAAAAUUCCUCAGAUGAUGUACGUGCUUUUCUUUUUUCCCUCCAAGUGUCAGUGAUCAAAGAUUGCAUCUGCGUCUUUGCAUUGCAAUGUACCACAAUGCUCUUUCUCCAGCAGUAGUGUAUUGCCUUGCCAGUUUGUGUUUGUACUCAGACGAAAGGCCCUGUCUUGAAAUCAUCAGUAAAAACCUUGAUUUUGUAUGAA